UUAUUAAUUUUGUGUCAAUGUUAGUACCAGAUUUAGUAGGCACUGUUGUAUAUAAAAUUCGGAUUUCUAGCAAAGAUUUUUUCAGUAGUAUUCACAAAAAUGGCUUUAAAACAACUCUUCCCCAUAGUCUUGAUAUGUUUUAUUAUUUGUGGUACAAAUCUUUUUCAAGUUGCCAAAGCUGAAUGUGCAUCCAAAGGCAUUGUCUGUCUGAAUGAAACCACUUACCAGACUUGCUGGUGGGUACUAUUCAUCGAAGUCUAUGGAGACGAGGUAACUUGUGAAGAUGGUACUGUUUGUGAUGAGACAUAUGGAACUGACAAUUGUGUUUCAACGACAACUUCAACCAGUACUACCGAGUCAACUUCAACCAGUACUACGGAAAGCUCAACUACAUCGUCGACAACUAGUAGUACAACGGAGAGUACGACAAGUUCGACUACUGCCAGUACUACAUCAACUACAGAAUCCUCAACAACUAGUACGACUCCCAGUACAACCACGUCAACUACAGAAUCGAGUACGACAUCGAGUACCACACCUAGUACUACAAGCACAACCGAAUCUACAACUGACUCAUCUACUACAAGUAGUACUACGAGUUCAACAUCUACAAGUACUUCGUCUACAACAACAGUGACAGCUCCUUCAACUUGUGACACAGAUGGGGAAAAAUGGCCAGGCAAUGAAUGCUACGAGUACUACGAGUGUUACUUGGCUCUAUGGAACUACUAUGUGGUAGCGGCAAACUGUACUUCCGGUGAAUCGUAUGACAGUUCAACUGAAAGUUGCGUGACUGAUGAUAGUUGUACAUACUAAAAACAAACUGUAUAAAGCCUGAUAUUUGUUGAAAUAAAGAAUUUUGAACAUUAGCAAAAUAA